CUACGCGACGCGCGUACGCCGUGGUGACGUGUGAUACCGCAAUCCGCAAUUGUAUCGCGUAUCCGAUUGUGCUGGGAAUCGGUGGGCUGUUUUGCCGCGUUUUCCGUGCGAGAAUUCGCGUAUCCCGAUCCGACGGUAUUUAACGAGAUGACACGUAGAUCUCGAGCGCGAUAACCAGCGAUCUCGAGCCAGCAGCCCGGCCGCAUAGUGUUCAUCGCUGUAAUAUCAAUUUGUCACAAUCAUGUCCUAUCCUGGUCAGCCGCCUAUGGGUAUCCCAGGGAUGCCUCCGAUGCCAUACAUGGUUGGUGCGCCACCACCAAUUAUAGGAGGUGUCAUGCCUAUGGCCCAUACCUCCGCGCCGGCUGUACGUUACUCGCGCAAUCAGAAUCGCCACGAUAAUAAUCGAAGGCGCGAGAGAGAGUCCGGCCCACCUGUCACGGUAUUCAUUGGUAACAUAAUGGACAGAGCGCCCGACGUGAUGAUACGACAUAUUCUGGGAGCUUGUGGGCAUGUUCUCUCUUGGAAGAGAGUACAGGCGUUCGGCUUUUGCGAAUACGCGGGCCCGGACGCGGGCCUCAGAGCAGUCCGAUUGCUCCAUGACAUGGAAAUAGGCACGAAGAAGCUCGUUGUUAAAGUGGACGCUAAAGCUAAGGUAGUCCUGGACCAAUUCAAAGCUGAAAGAAGGAAGAAACUCAGAGGUGGCCAAUCGCCUCUACAGGACGAGGUACCCGGUGAAGGAGUUGACGGCGAAGAGGGUGAAGAUUAUAUGGACGAAGGCAUGAGAGUGGUCGACGCAGAUGCGCUCGCUCGCAUCAACCAGAUUAUAGCAGAACACGCUAUAGAUCUAGAAAUGGCUCAGGUUGCUCCAGAGGAACACCAGACAAAAAUGGUAGCUAAAUCCUUAAACCUGGAUGAUGCAGAGAUAGAAGAGAGUAAAAGAGACUUGAUUACCCGAGAAAUUGGCAAAUUCAGGGAGGUCAUGAAGAAGCAGGAGGAGGAGAAGGCCCAGGUAAAGCGUAAGAAGGAAGCUGUCGAGAAAGAGGAGCGCGAGAAACGGGAAAAGGAGCGACGCGAUAAGCGUGACGAUGAUGCUUCCAACAAGGAUGACCAAGAUGGUGACCCUGGUAGUCCUACGUCUCAUAAAGGUCGUAGUGAUAGUACCGGCAGCAGUAGAAGGGACAAACGUCGCUCUAGAUCUAGAUCUAAAGAACGUGAUAGGGAUCGAUCGAGAAAUGACAGAGAUAGGGAUCGAGACAGAGAUCGCGAGAGAGAUCGAGAACGGGAACGUGAACGGGAACGGGAACGAGAGCGAGAGCGAGAGCGGGAACGAGAGCGGGAUCGGGAUCGUGAAAGGGAACGCGAGCGGGAACGUGAGCGAGAUAGAGAGAAGGAGAGAGACCGAGAGCGGGAGAGGGAACGGGAGCGAGAAGAGGUGAGGAAGAGCGAAAGAGAAAUUAUGCGCGAGAGGGAGGAGGAGGAGGAGGCAAAAGAGAGGAAGAAAAACGAGAGGCGAGCCAGAGAAAAGGAGGCAGCGUACCAGGAACGUUUGAGGGCAUGGGAGACACGCGAACGACGCAAACAGAAGGAGUACGAGAAAGAAGCAGAGAAGCGUCGUGCGAAACGCGAGGCCAGAGAGAGGGAGGCAAAACGUUUGAAAGAGUUCCUCGAGGAUUACGACGACGAUCGCGACGAUUCCAAGUAUUACAAGGGUAAAGAGUUGUCUCGCCGACUCGAAGAACGAGCACUGGAGGCCGAAGCAGAUUCGCGGGAUCGUUGUGCCGAACGCCAGGAGCUUCAGCGUUUACGUGACAAAUUAUACGCAGAUGCCUCCAAUCCGGAUCCUGCCGCGGAAUUUGAAAGGUUGAAAGCCGAAAGGGAGGAACAGUAUAAGCCUAAACCAGUAAUAACUAUAAUUGACGAAGAGGAUGACAAAGUGGUGAAGAAGGAUAAAGAAAUAAUGCCGCCGAUAGAAACCGAGCCAAUAGAGAGUGACAGUGAUGAUGGUGUGCAGUUUGAUGAUGUUUCUCAGCCAGAAGCACCAUCCAGGACGCCACCGCGACAUCAUCAUCAUCAUCGUCGGCAUCAUAGACACCAUCAGAAUCAUCAUCGCGACGGUGAGGAGAAUCAAGACGUAUUAGUGGAUGCGGACCGAGAGAGUCUAAAAGACGCACGACCUUCACCGGGGCAUCAAUCAGGCGCGACACCUGCUCAAUCCAUUCCACCAUCGUUAGAUGAAGAUUCACGCAUGUCCCUUGUUAGUGAACCAGAAAAGACAAGUGGUAGUAACUUUGUUCCAUUUGCUAUGGGAAGUGGGGGCAAUCGUGCUAGCGAUCACAGUAUAGGCGGUAAAACACCGGUCAGUCCUAACACCGCUACUAAUACGAAUUCACAACAGGCGAAUCAAACGCGGAAAAAGGGCCGUAUUGACGUUAAGGACGUAUUUAAUAACGACGACGAUGACGAUGCUGCUAAUAACGCGAAAAAACGUAAACUUGUACCUUUAGAUUACGGAGACGAAAAGAAAAAGAAAACCGAAGAAGCCACAAAGACGGGGAAAGAAGAAAAUACAAAAAGCCAAGAAGAAAAACGAAAGCACAUAAAAUCUCUUAUAGACAAAAUACCUACUGAUAAGAACGCAUUGUUUGGCUAUCAACUCGAUUGGGCACUCAUCGAUAACACAUUGAUGGAGAAGAGGAUAAGACCUUGGAUCAAUAAAAAGAUUAUCGAAUAUAUUGGCGAACCCGAACCUACUCUAGUGGAUUUUAUUUGUAGCAAAGUAAUGGCGGGCAGUUCUCCUCAGGGAAUACUAGACGAUGUACAGAUGGUAUUGGACGAAGAAGCGGAAGUGUUCGUAGUCAAAAUGUGGAGGUUACUAAUUUAUGAGGUGGAAGCUAAGAAGAUGGGCUUAGUGAAGUAAAUGGAGUGUCGUCCAUAAAUUCAUCAAUUCAUGAUUUAUACUACACAUAAAAUUCUUUCGACUAAGCAUAAGAAAAUGUUUAGAUACUACAUACUUAUAUGCAAUUUAAUAUUAUUAAAUAGGAAUUCUAUCCUAUAAAAGCACAAGUUGCUCGAUCAAUAGGUGGUACUAAGUGUGUAGUAAUUAUAGCGUUAAAUAAACUUGUAAUUAUGAUUUAUAAUA